GCAAUUUUGUAGGCCAAAUAAUAAUAAUAAUUAAUUAAGCACACAUAGUACACUUUUUCAAAUAAUGGAAAAUUGAUUCUCCUAAGUUCUCUCUAUUGGCGUGCGUGGCUAAGCUCACGCCAUGGCAGACCCACCUAAGGAGAAUCAGAAUCACCACCACCCUCAAGAUGAAGACGACGCCGGAGCUGCUUUCGUCCUCCAGUCCAAAGGUGAAUGGUGGCACGCGGGGUUUCAUUUAACAACGGCGAUUGUAGGACCAACGAUCCUAACGCUGCCGUACGCAUUCAGAGGAUUAGGGUGGGGGAUUGGGAUGUUAUGCCUAACAGUUAUGGGUGUUGUAACCUUCUACUCAUAUUGCCUCAUGUCUAAAGUUCUUGAUCAUUGCGAAAACGCCGGUCGCCGCCAUAUCCGCUUCCGAGAACUCGCCGCCGAUGUCUUAGGGUCGGGUUGGAUGUUCUAUUUUGUAAUCUUUAUCCAAACGGCAAUCAAUACCGGCGUUGGCGUAGGGGCAAUCCUGCUUGCUGGUCAAUGCCUCCAGAUCGUGUACUCCAAUAUUGCACCUCAUGGAGCACUGAAACUGUACGACUUCAUAGCAAUGGUGACAGUAGUCAUGAUAAUUUUGUCUCAGCUUCCCACUUUCCAUUCCCUACGACACAUCAACUUGUGUUCCCUUUUUCUCAGCUUGGGCUACACCUUCCUUGUAGUUGGUGCUUGUAUUCAUGCAGGUACAUCAAAAAAUGCCCCACCAAGGGACUAUUCCUUGGAACCUAAGGAAUCCUCAAGGGUCUUCAGUGCCUUCACUGCCAUUUCCAUAAUUGCAGCAAUUUUUGGGAAUGGCAUAUUACCUGAGAUACAAGCAACUCUAGCACCUCCUGCAACUGGAAAGAUGAUAAAAGGCCUUACUAUGUGUUAUGCUGUAAUUUUGGUGACAUUCUACUCUGCUGCAGUUUCUGGGUAUUGGGUAUUUGGAAACAAGUCCAACUCCAACAUUUUGAAGAGUUUGAUGCCAGAUGAUGGACCUUCUUUGGCUCCAACUUGGGUCCUUGGACUCGCUAUCGUCUUUGUUCUUCUUCAACUCUUCGCAAUCGGUCUGGUUUAUUCUCAAGUUGCUUAUGAGAUAAUGGAGAAGAAAUCAGCAGAUGUGAAGCAAGGGAUGUUUUCCAAAAGAAAUCUUCUUCCUCGCCUGAUUCUUCGAACAACUUACAUGAUUUUCUGUGGAUUUCUGGCAGCCAUGUUGCCGUUUUUUGGAGACAUCAAUGGCGUGGUUGGUGCUGUUGGUUUCAUUCCUCUGGAUUUUGUCCUGCCUAUGAUUUUAUACAACAAAACACACAAGCCAAAGAAAUCAUCAUUGACUUAUUGGAUCAACAUCUCAAUCAUGGUGGCAUUCACCGGUGCAGGAAUCAUGGGUGCAUUCUCGUCCAUAAGGAAAUUAGUUCUUGAUGCCAACCAAUUUAAGCUGUUUGAUAGUGAAGUUGUGGAUUGAGCAAAUGUAUGUAGAAACCAAGAAUUAGAUCUAUAUUGUUAAUAUGCAAAACCACACAAGGUUAUUUCAGUUUGUAAGAUGGGGAGAUAGGGAAAAGUCAAAUGUUGUGCGCAGUGGUUGACUGCAAUAUAUAUUUUAGAACGGAAGGAGUAUAAAAAACGCGAUCAACUAGUAGCACCAAUUUUCCAAAUUUUA